AUGUCUGCGGGUAGCGUGGACCUUGCAGAGGGAAAUGCCCUGACAAAGUUACAGCCUACAAAAGUGAACAAUUUAAGUAUGAUGGACAAAAAACUGAAUCUCUUGAAUGAAAAGAUGGACAAACUGUUGCAUUUCCAAGAAGAUCUGACAGGCAAACUGCAGCGAGUUAACAAAGGCAUUGAUGAUGUAGAAAAAGGCAUUACCAAGCUAACAGCAUCCCGAGCAGCUCCUGAUGAGACAGAUGCAAUGAAAAAAGGCCUAAAGGUAUCGGACAGUACUCACCAGACUGAUAUCCAGAGCAUAUGCUCAGAAGUGCUGAAAUUGAUGAAAGCUGCCCAGCUAGAUGCCUCGAAGCAUAAGGAGAGGCUGGCAAAGAUAGAAAAAAGGGUUGAUACACUGGAUAAAGUUAUUACAUUUGUGGGAGAAGUAUUAAAAAAUUCUAAAGUAGUGGAUUUUAUUCUCAAAGGCAUUGUGCCCUGGAAGAAGGGGAGUCUGCUGGAAAUCCUUGUUGAGGCCAAAGAUAAGCCUGAGGAGAGUGGUGCAAAACCUAAGCAUGUGCUUAGUAACAGAGGAACCCAAACUGAAAGCAAGAAGCCUCUGGAAGAGACAAAAAGCGGGAAAAAGCUGGAUGAAAACAAGGGAGCAUGUGAGAAGGUGAACGCUUCUAGUGCUGUAGCCCACAAAGCUGACUCCAAACCCCAAGUUAAAGAGACAGUGGCGCAGCAGCAAACAGUGGAAGAUCAUGUAGGCAACCAAAAUGUUCCUGCUAAAGCACUCGAUAUGGACAGAGCCCCACACCUAGAUGAGUGCCACAGGCAGCUUGUUCAUCAGAAACUCAGAGAGAAUGAAAACAAACCUCCAUCGUCGAGUGUGGCAUCCCGGGAAGCUGUGCCCUCCGCAGCCCAGGCUAUAUCUGACACAGAGUGUGAAGUGACACAUACCAGGAUAUCCAUCAAUGUACACAUGACUGAAAGGAAAGAAAAGAUUGAGAUGACCAAGGAAGGAAACUUAAAUGAUCACAGAGGUAAAAGUCCCAAAGUAAAAUCCCUGUCCUCCACACCAGCAGAAGUGGAAGGAGUCAAACAGCUGCCUGACAAAUUAAAACUUCAACAGAGUCCUAAAAACAUCAGCACUGAGCCAAAUCAAGAAGUGAAAGGGGACAAAAAACAAAAUGAACUUGCACCUCAAGCGGGGAAGCAACAGCCAUUACUGAGCAAGCCCAAGCCAGGUAAAAAGGCUGAAGAGAAAUCAGAAUUAAAAUGCAAGCCCGUAACCUCACAGAGUAUCUCUGCAAAGGAGCCUACAAAAGAUCUAGGGGUAGAAGUGAAAAUCCAUCAAGAAACAGCAAAAGCAGAAGAAUCCCUGACAGAUGCCAAAUCUGAGAGGAGAGAAUCUGAGUCUGCAUCUUUAGGGGGAAGUGAAAAUGAUGCUCAUCAGUGUACAGGAAUGGCACCAGAGAAGACCAAAUCAUUGAAAGCUAGCAAAGAGCUUCCCACACAGGAUGAAAUGAUCGUCGAUGACAGCCCUUCUCCUCCGGCUCCUUUCGAACAUCGCAUAGUGAGUGUCAAGCAAACAGAGGUGACAACGUGCUACUCGGUGUGUCGCCAUGAAGUACUGGGGGGGGGGCGUUUUGGGCAAGUUCACAAGUGCACGGAAAUAUCAACUGGUCUCAACCUGGCAGCCAAAAUCAUAAAAGUGAAAGGAGCAAAAGAGAGGGAGGAAGUAAAAAAUGAAAUUAAUGUCAUGAACCAAUUAAAUCACGUGAAUCUGAUCCAGCUUUAUGAUGCUUUUGAAGCCAAAAAUAAUAUCACUCUGAUCAUGGAAUAUCUUGAUGGUGGUGAGUUAUUUGACCGGAUCACAGAUGAAAACUACAAUCUAACUGAGUUGGAUGCAAUCCUAUUUACCAAACAGAUUUGUGAAGGAGUCCACUACUUGCACCAGCAUUAUAUUCUCCAUUUAGAUCUGAAGCCUGAAAACAUACUAUGUGUAAAUCACACAGGAAACCAGAUUAAAAUUAUUGACUUUGGAUUAGCAAGGAGGUACAAACCUCGUGAGAAACUGAAGGUUAAUUUCGGAACUCCAGAGUUCUUGGCUCCUGAAGUGGUGAACUAUGACUUUGUUUCCUUCCCAACAGACAUGUGGAGUGUAGGCGUCAUCACCUAUAUGUUGCUUAGUGGCCUGUCCCCAUUCCUGGGAGAAACUGAUGCGGAGACAAUGAAUUAUGUAGUCAAUUGCAGCUGGGAUUUUGAUGCAGAAGCAUUUGAACAGCUAUCGGAGGAAGCUAAAGACUUUAUUUCCCGACUACUCGUGAAGGAGAAAAGCUGCCGGAUGAGUGCAACGCAGUGUCUGAAGCACGAGUGGUUAAACAAUCUACCUGCCAAAGCCAAGAAGUCCAAGCUUCGCCUGAAGUCCCAGUUGUUGCUGCAGAGUUACAUGGCUCACAGAAAAUGGAAGAAACAUUUUUAUGUGGUGGCUGCUGCUAACAGGCUGAAGAGAUUUCAGAGUAUGUCUGUCAAGCUUGCAUAAGCUUGUAUGAAGCAUCUACCACUCUUGAAGAUGGACAUGAAGCCAUGGAAGAAGGACUCAGCAUCUUCAAUAAUUUCUACCCCUUUGUUUUAUAAGGUUUUGAGUCUGUCCUCCUCAAAUAUUAUGUGUGUUAGUGCUAAGGUUCCAGAAGUGCCUCAAGGAAGAGGCACAGAAAUAAUUUCUAAAAGCAGAAGCUACCUUGUUUGUUUUUACAAGUUUUUAGUUGUUGUACAUAGCGAUGGAAAAACAUG